UUGAAAACAGAAAAGAAAAACACCCACGUCAAGUCAAGUCAGUGGCUGGCCGGUUGGAUUCGAUCGAAAUUUGUUGAGUUUUACUUUAAAUUUGUAACAAAAAAGUAUUUUACAUUAGUAUUAUUAAUAUAUAUCUCAUAAAUUAAGCAAACAAUAUGCUCGAAACACUCUACGCACUUCCAUUUCACGUUCUUGUUCCACCGAACAUCAAAGUUCGUCGCCCAACAUGGUUCAAGAAACCCUCGCCCAUGACAAUGUUUUCGAUUAUUUUACUUUCUUAUUUUCUAGUUACUGGAGGAAUCAUCUAUGAUGUCAUUGUUGAACCACCAAGCGUUGGUGCUACCGUCGACGAACACGGACACUCACGACCUGUAGCCUUUAUGCCAUAUCGUGUCAAUGGCCAAUACAUUAUGGAAGGUUUGGCCAGUAGUUUCCUAUUUACAAUUGGAGGUAUUGGAUUCAUCAUCAUGGAUCAAACUCAUGCUCCUGGAAAAACGAAUCUCAAUCGAAUUCUCAUCACUUCCAUGGGAUUUGUUUUCAUUCUUGUGUCGUUCUUUACAACUUGGUUGUUUAUGAGAAUGAAAUUACCUGGCUAUUUGCAGCCAUAAGAAUAAACAAAUAAAAUACUCAUUUUUAUUAUUGUA